AUGAAAAUCGUCCGUAGACGAAACCUUGUCGACAAAGAUCCAUAUUGCGACUAUAUUAACGCAAUAGAAAACUAUGAGAAGUCGUUAGAACAGCAGCUCAAGUCUAUGCCGUCAAAUAAUAGUGAACUGGCGGAGACUUAUAACCUCAUUGGCACAUUAUAUAUUAAAAUAGAAAAUUAUGACAAAGCUUCACAGUAUUAUAACAAUAUAUUACAGUGUGAUGUGUACAAUCACAUUGCUGCAUAUAGCAAUAUAGCUUUUACGAACAUCAAACUAGGUAAUCAAGAUAUAGCAUUAGCAUUUCAUUCGAAAGUCCUAGAUAUAAAACGUAAAAACGAAUUAGAAGGCAAUAAAUUAACAGAUCGAGAGUUAGUUUGUAUCUAUCAAAAUGCUGCAUUGAUUCAUCUUGAAAAUGAAUGUGACGAAGCAUUGCAAUAUUACAAAGAUGCAAUAAAAAUUGCUAAACAAUCCGAUGAAAUACCCUGUGAAGAAUUAGCUAUAUUAUAUUAUAGUAUAGCAGCAACUUAUAUUUCAAAAGAAAAUUAUUAUGAAACUCAAGCAUAUCUCAAAGAAGCAAUUGAUCUUUGGGAAUCGGUAUUGCCAUUGGAACAUCCUGAUUUACAAAGAGCAUAUGAAUCAAUGGGAAUUAGUCUUCUCAGAAGCCAAAACUUUUCUGAAGCUCUAAUUUAUCUUAAAAAAACGCUUGAUAUUAAAUUAAAAUUAACAAAUUCAGAUUUUAAUUCGUUAAUCAUACUUUUCAAUUAUAUCGGCAUAUCAUUCUUAGGGUUGGAACAAUAUGAAGAAGCUUUAGACCGUUUUACAAAAGCACUGAAAAUUCUCUUGGAGCAUACCACUUCAACAGACCAUUGCGAUCAGUUGGCGACCUUAUAUGGAAAUAUUGCUAUAACAUAUUGUAAUCUUUCGAAUCUUUCUGAUGCAUUAACAAAUUAUCUGGAAGUAUUACAUCUCUUAGAACUGCAUAUGCCAUCAAGCUUAUCACAACUCGAAAUAGUCUUGGAGAAAAUUGCUAAUCUUCAUUUGAAGUUAAAUAAUGAAACUUUAGCAUUAAAUUAUUUCCAUCAAUUACGCAAUAUUCAAUUGAAAAUAUCUUCCUCCUCAUCAUCAACAAAUGUUUUACGCACAUGCAACACAUUAAAAUGCAUUAUUGAAAUAUAUGAAAAUCAAAAUAAGUAUGAAUGUGUGAUGAAAUAUCUAAAUGAAAUACUAACAAUACAACUGAAUGAAUGGUCAACAGAUUAUAAUCAACAUUCAAUUACAUACUAUAAACUUGGAUCAGUAUUGAGAGAAACGAAAAGUUUUGAAGACGCUUUAAUUCACUUUCAAAAAGCAUACGAUGCUUGUUUAAAGAAUAUACCAAUCAACUACUUUAAUUUAUCUAGAAUCAGCCAUGGAUUCGGAGAGGUUUAUCAUGAUCUUUGUGAUUAUAAAAAAGCUCUAUAUUAUUAUGAAAAAUCGAUAGACAUCAAUUCAGAAUACAUACAAUCGAAAGAUAUUGGUUUUGCAUCAACACAUCAUGAUAUAGCAUCCAUUCAUUAUGAACUCGAAAACUAUCCAGCAGCAUUGGAAAAUUAUUUAAAAAUGUUAGAAAUAGAAUUACAAACAUUCUCAUCGGAUGAUUCAGUUUUAAUUUCGUCCUAUUCAAAAAUAGCAGAAGUAUAUUGUCGUUUGAANUAUGAAAAAUCGAUAGACAUCAAUUCAGAAUACAUACAAUCGAAAGAUAUUGGUUUUGCAUCAACACAUCAUGAUAUAGCAUCCAUUCAUUAUGAACUCGAAAACUAUCCAGCAGCAUUGGAAAAUUAUUUAAAAAUGUUAGAAAUAGAAUUACAAACAUUCUCAUCGGAUGAUUCAGUUUUAAUUUCGUCCUAUUCAAAAAUAGCAGAAGUAUAUUGUCGUUUGAAUCAACAGGCUAAUGCUUUAAUUUACUACAAUUAUUUAAGUGAUUGUUAUUUGAGAGACUAUCCGCAUUUGCAAGAUAUUAUUGAUAGUGACGCAUAUUCUAAACUUGAUCAUGGCCUUGUUCGGACAGAUAUUAAUCCUAAAGACAGACAAAAUUAUCGUUCUUGUGAAAAACUGACAUCAAAUGAUUUGUUAAAUAUUGUACGUAGUAAUCCCAAGACAUCAGGAACAUUUAUUUAUCUUCAUCUAUUAAGAUUGUUAAUAGCUGCUUAUAUUGAAAAAUCAACAAUACUUGCAGAACGUUUGCAUUCAGCAUUAGUUAAACAAAAAAACCUGCCAAAAGAAGUAUUAAGUAUAUACUUAUUUAAUUCUCAAUCGUGUGAAUCUAUAUUUCGUAAUACGAGAUCAUUGAGUGGUGCUUACUCUACAAUUAUCAAUUUCACAGUUAGUGAUUUUCUUCGACGACCAGAAAAAUUAUCCAUAUUAAAUCAAAUUAAGUGCAGUCAACAAUCAAACAAUAAUGAUCAUCUUUUAUUUCCAGUACAUCACAAACAUAAAAAAGAUAAUCAUUUAUUAAAAUUACAAAUUACUGAUUAUGUUGAACAAUUAGAUAUUGAACAAACUAUAUUAGAUUCAUAUAAUACAUCAAUUAGAUUGAUUGAAGAUUUGCAUAUGUCAACAGUUUUAAAUCAACAUGGUAUAUUUCAAUUAGAACAAUUAAGUAAACAUGUAUUUCAUGAAUUAAGUUCCGCAUCGAAAAUGUUUGAUAAUUCAACAACAAAUAAUACUAGUGAUGAUUCUGAUUCUGAUUCAGAACGUGAAUCUGAAUUAGAUGAUGCUGAUAAUAAUAACAACGACAGUGACGAAGAUAGUGAAUGUCAAUCCGAUGAUAAUGGAAGUAUCAAUACAGCAAAAACAAACUUUUCUGGUAUACAUAUUAAAGAUAAAUAA